CCGCCUCGCCGCGAGAUGUUGAACCGCAGGGGCGGCGAUGCUCCCCGCUUCGUGUCGCGACCCAAGUCCGCGUCCGUGGCCGCCGGCAGGGACGUCAUCCUGAGCUGCUGGGUCGCGGGGGAGCCCAGCCCCGACGUGGCGUGGGAGAAGGACCGCCGGCCCGUGCGCCCGGACGCGCGGCGCAAGCUGUCGGCGGAGGAGCGCGGCGCGCACAGCCUGACGGUGUACGAGGCUCGGGGCGACGACGCCGGCCAGUACACGUGCCGCGCGCGCAACAGCGCGGGAGAGGCGGUCGCGAGCGCCACGCUCGACGUGGACGAGUCGGCGCCGUUCCGGCUCUCGGGGUCGCUCAGGCUGCGCGACCGCGGCCACGGCGGCGGCGGCGGCGUCGCACGGGAGCCCUCCUUCGUGGUGCGCCCGUCCGCUCAGAAGGUGUCCAGGGGGGCCGACGCGACCUUCAGCUGCAGGAUCUUGGGGAGGCCGCCCCCCGCGGUCGCCUGGCAGCGGGACGGCGUGGACGUGGACACGCUGCCCGACAGCCAUCGCUUCGCCGCCGAGUUCCGUGACGGCGUGCACUCGCUCACCGUGAGCGCAGCGCGCACCACGGACGCGGGCACCUACUCGUGCCACGCGCGCAACCGUGCCGGGGAGGCCGUCGCCUCCACGGUGCUCAGCGUCUCGCUGGCGGCUCCGCCUUCGGACUCGCUGCAUCUGUACAGGUGGAGCGAGGAGGCGAAGUCGCUGCCACGCUCGCACCUGCACACGACGCGCGACCACGAGCGCAAGAAGCUGGAGCUGCUGCGGCAGAGCGCCGACGCGCGCCUCGCCCGCCUGAGCCCCUACACGCGGCGUGGGGACGCCCGGCUCCUGGGGGCGCCCCACGUGACCCUGUCGCGGUCGACGUCGCCCACGGCCGCCCCGGACGGAUACCUUUCUCCGUCGAGGAGCGCGCCCUCGUCCCGGACUCAUUCUCCUGUGGCUGGACACGUCGACGAGUACCACAGCCGCUCCUCCUACAGCUACCGCCUCACCAGAGACUACACCUCCAGCUCCUCCUCCACCUCCAGCCUCUACACGGGGUACAGCCCGUCGCGCUCGCCCGUGCGAAUGGAGGAGAACAACGCCGACAAGAACUUGACGAAAACUUUCAAGGUGAGGGAGGGCAAGCACGCCCGGCUCAGCUGCUACGUGACGGGAAAGCCCAAGCCCGAAAUCGUGUGGAAAAAGGAUGACGAGGUGAUCUCCCCAGGGCGCCGGCACAUGAUCUACGAGGACGACGAGGGCUACUACAUCCUGAAGGUCCUCUUCUGCAAGCAGAGCGACAGGGGGCUGUACACCUGCACGGCCACCAACGUGGUGGGCAAGACGUACAGUCCCGUGCAGCUCAUCGUCAACGAGCCGCUGGUGCCCUUCAAGGAGCGGCUGCGUGACGUGGAGGUGAUGGAGCGGCAGACGGCGACGCUGCAGUGCGAGGUGCCGGCCGAGUCGGCGCGCGCCAGCUGGUUCAUGGAGGAGACGCCGCUGGCGCCGAAGGCCGACAAGUACGUGAUGGAGGAGGAGGGCACGAUGCGGCGCCUCACCAUCUGCAACGUGACAGCGGACGACGAGGCGGUGUACGUGUGCGAGAUGCCCGAGGGGAACCGCACCGUCGCCGAGCUCUCCGUGAAAGGUGCCAUUGUCCAGAAGCUUCCCCGACGCACCGAAGUCCGAGAGAAGGAGGUGGCAUACUUCCUGGUGGAGCUGGACCAGGAGGGGGUUGGCGGCCAGUGGCUGAGGAACGGCGAGGAGAUCGACGCGGGAGCCCGGGCGGUGGUUAAGGUGGACGGGAAGAGUCACUCGCUCACGCUGGCGGGAGUAACCCAGGCGGACGCGGGCGAGGUCAGCUUUGUCUGCGGAGACUCGAAGACGUCGUCACAGCUCAUCGUCACAGCCCCACGCCUGGCUCCACCUGGUGCUCCAACUGACCCCAAGGUGACCUCACAAUCGGAGAACUGGGUCAUGCUGGCCUGGAAACCGGGGCCCAAGAAGGGUAAGGCGGUGGCGGCGGAGGCGGACGAGGCCUUCGUGGUGGAGUACUGCCUCCUGGGGAACUCCGCAUGGGGCCGCUGCCACGACUCGGCCAACGUGCCCGGCACGGAGUUGCGCGUGGGCAACCUCCCUGAGGAGGGCGACUACCUCUUCCGCAUCUCGGCCAUCAACAAAGCCGGCCGCAGCCUCUGCGUGGAGGUCCCGGGCACCUACUACAUCGUGCCGGAGAGCCGCCUGUCGUUGGCGUCCGUGCCGCGGGACGUGGAGGUGCUCGCUGGCGAAGACGCCGUCUUCGUAGUGGAGCUGUCGGGCGGCGCGGCGGGGAGCUGGUCCGUCGACGGCGAGGCGGUGCGGGCGAGCGGGCGGCACGCGGUGCAGCGCACGCGGAACACUCACACGCUGAUGAUCCGCGCGGCACGCCCGGGCGAGAGCGGCGCCAGCGUCCAGUUCGUGUCGGGUCCCGUCCGCGCCCAGAUGAAGCUCAUCGUCAAAGAGCCGCCAGCCACAUUCCGCAGGCGCCCGGACGCCCAGACGGAGUGGCACGUGGCCCCCGGGGAGCGGGUGGUGCUGAGCUGCGAGGUGUCCCGAGCGGACGCCGCCGUCACGUGGCUGAGGGACGGGCAGGAGCUGGCGGCGCCGGCCAGCGGCGUGAGGCUGGAGAGCGACGGGCUGGCGAGGCGCCUGGUCAUCCAGCAGGCCCAGCCGCACGACUCCGCGUCCUACGGCUGCCGCACGGACGGGGACGCCGUGGGCUUCAGCGUCAGCGUCAAGGAGCCCCCGCUGCUGUUCUCGGCGCCGCUGACGGACGUGCGGGGCACGGCGGGGGAGCCUCUGGUGCUGCGCUGCAGGCUGAGCCGGGAGGCGGGCGACGUGGAGUGGAAGAAGGACGGGGUGAAGGUGCGGCCCGGCAAGAGGCACCACUUCGCGUCUGACGGAGCGGCGCGCACGCUCACCAUCGCUGGCGCGGGGCCGGAGGACGGCGGAGAGUACUCGUGUGAGACGCCCGACGGGGCCACCCGCGCCACCGUCACCGUUCAAGAGCCGCCAGCCACAUUCCGCAGGCGCCCGGACGCCCAGACGGAGUGGCACGUGGCCCCCGGGGAGCGGGUGGUGCUGAGCUGCGAGGUGUCCCGAGCGGACGCCGCCGUCACGUGGCUGAGGGACGGGCAGGAGCUGGCGGCGCCGGCCAGGGGCGUGAGGCUGGAGAGCGACGGGCUGGCGAGGCGCCUGGUCAUCCAGCAGGCCCGGCCGCACGACUCCGCGUCCUACGGCUGCCGCACGGACGGGGACGCCGUGGGCUUCAGCGUCAGCGUCAAGGAGCCCCCGUUGCUGUUCUCGGCGCCGCUGACGGACGUGCGGGGCACGGCGGGGGAGCCUCUGGUGCUGCGCUGCAGGCUGAGCCGGGAGGCGGGCGACGUGGAGUGGAAGAAGGACGGGGUGAAGGUGCGGCCCGGCAAGAGGCACCACUUCGCGUCUGACGGAGCGGCGCGCACGCUCACCAUCGCUGGCGCGGGGCCGGAGGACGGCGGAGAGUACUCGUGUGAGACGCCCGACGGGGCCACCCGCGCCACCGUCACCGUUCAAGAGCCGCCAGCCACGUUCCGCAGGCGCCCGGACGCCCAGACGGAGUGGCACGUGGCCCCCGGGGAGCGGGUGGUGCUGAGCUGCGAGGUGUCCCGAGCGGACGCCGCCGUCACGUGGCUGAGGGACGGGCAGGAGCUGGCGGCGCCGGCCAGCGGCGUGAGGCUGGAGAGCGACGGGCUGGCGAGGCGCCUGGUCAUCCAGCAGGCCCGGCCGCACGACUCCGCGUCCUACGGCUGCCGCACAGACGGGGACGCCGUGGGCUUCAGCGUCAGCGUCAAGGAGCCCCCGUUGCUGUUCUCGGCGCCGCUGACGGACGUGCGGGGCACGGCGGGGGAGCCUCUGGUGCUGCGCUGCAGGCUGAGCCGGGAGGCGGGCGACGUGGAGUGGAAGAAGGACGGGGUGAAGGUGCGGCCCGGCAAGAGGCACCGCUUCGUGUCUGAAGGAGCGGCGCGCACGCUCACCAUCGCUGGCGCGGGGCCGGAGGACGGCGGAGAGUACUCGUGUGAGACGCCCGACGGGGCCACCCGUGCCACCGUCACCGUCCAAGAGCCGCCAGCCACAUUCCACAGGCGCCCGGACGCCCAGACGGAGUGGCACGUGGCCCCCGGGGAGCGGGUGGUGCUGAGCUGCGAGGUGUCCCGAGCGGACGCCGCGGUCACGUGGCUGAGGGACGGGCAGGAGCUGGCGGCGCCGGCCAGGGGCGUGAGGCUGGAGAGCGACGGGCUGGCGAGGCGCCUGGUCAUCCAGCAGGCCCAGCCGCACGACUCCGCGUCCUACGGCUGCCGCACGGACGGGGACGCCGUGGGCUUCAGCGUCAGCGUCAAGGAGCCCCCGCUGCUGUUCUCGACGCCGCUGACGGACGUGCGGGGCACGGCGGGGGAGCCUCUGGUGCUGCGCUGCAGGCUGAGCCGGGAGGCGGGCGACGUGGAGUGGAAGAAGGACGGGGUGAAGGUGCGGCCCGGCAAGAGGCACCGCUUCGCGUCUGACGGAGCGGCGCGCACGCUCACCAUCGCUGGCGCGGGGCCGGAGGACGGCGGAGAGUACUCGUGUGAGACGCCCGACGGGGCUACCCGCGCCACCGUCACCGUCCAAGAGAUUGCAACUAAGUUGAGCAAGACGGAGAUGAGCUCACGCCCCCCUGAGGACAUCAAGGUCACAACUGAUGCGCCGCGCGCGGUCUCCUUCAUCACGGACCUCAAGAGCCUCACGGCGCUGGAGGGCGAGGAGGCGACGUUCAAGUGCUGCGUGUCGCCGCCCGACGUCCCCGUCGAGUGGCUGCGCGGGGCGACGCCGCUGCGGCCGGGCCCCCGCGUCUUCAUCUCGAGCGAGCCGCCCUGGCACAGCGUGGCCUUCCGGCCCCUCCAGCUGGUCGACUCCGGAGAGAUCUGCGCGCUCGCCGACGGGAGGGUCCGCUCCACUGCCCGACUGCACGUUCAAGAGGCGACGGUGCGGUUUGUGCGCGGGCUGGAGCCGCUCGUGGUGGAGGAGAGAGCCGACGCGGCGCUGGAGGUGGAGGUCUCCUCCGCCGAGGCCGAGGUGCGCUGGAUGCGCAACGGCGUGGUGCUCAACGCGGACGAGCGCGUGCGCCUCGACGCCCAGGGGCCCCGCCGCUCCCUCCUCAUCGCGGGCGUCCGCGCGGCCGACGGCGGCCUCUACUCCUGCGAGACGCUGCACGACAAGAGCCAGGCCAGGCUGCGCGUGGAACCCCGUGAUGUGCGGAUCGUGCGGGGCCUGGAGCCGGCGACGGCGACGGCCACGGAGGCCGCCACCUUCCAGCUGGAGCUGUCGCACGCCGACGUGGCGGCGCGCUGGUGGCGCGAUCGCACCGAGCUCAAGCCGAGCGCCCGGUGCCGCCCGGCCGUCGCCGGCAAGACUCACACCCUCACGCUGUCGGCGCUGCGCCUCGACGACUCCGGCAUCGUCGCCUUCGAGGCGGAGGGGAUCCGCUCCUCGGCCAGGCUCACCGUCACGGAACCCGCGGUGACGUUCACCAGGCAGCUGCUCGACGUGCGCUGUCCGGAGAAGAGCAGCGCCAGUUUGGAGUGCGAAGUCUCCAAGGCCAAUGCCGAGGUCAAAUGGUUCAAGGACGACGCGGAGCUGAAGCCCGGCAAGAGGCACCGCAUCCUUGCACAGGGCCGCAAGCGCAGCCUCGUGGUGCCACGCGCCGAGAUCGGAGACAGCGGCUCGUACGCAUGCCGGGCCGGCGACCAAGUCACCGCCGCCACUCUCGCGGUCCACGCGCGCGACGUGCAGUUCGUGCGUCCGCUGGCGAGCGUGGAGGUGCGCGAGAAGGAGGACGCCGCCUUCACGUGCGAGGUUUCGCACGACGAGGUGGACGGCUGCUGGCUCCGAGAUGGAAAGCCUUUCCGUGCCGAUCCACGGAUCAAGAUGCGUCGGGAAGCGAGAACUUACACGCUUCUGCUGAGUAACGUGACGACAGACGACGCAGGAGACAUAACAUUCACCGCAGAGAAUGCAGCGUCCACGGCGACGUUGAAAGUAAAAGAGCUGCCGGUGCGGUUCGUGAAAGGCCUCCGGGAAAAGGUCGCCAUGGAGGGCCACCGAGUGGUGCUGGAGUGCCAGGUGUCCCGCGCGAGCGCCGCCGUGCGGUGGUUGCGCGGUGACGAGGAGCUGAUUCUCGACGAUGGGGACACGGGAGACGAGGCGGGAGACGAGGCGCCUCGCGUCCGGGCGGUCGCCGACGGCUGCUACCGGCGGCUCGUCGUGCAAGACUCUCGCUUCUCCGACGAAGGCCGCUACACGUGCGACGCCGCGGACGACAGGACUUCGGCGAGCCUCCUCGUCGAGGAGCCCGAGAUCCGCGUGGUGCGGCCGCUGCACGACGUGGAGGCGACCGAGCCGGGGGGCGUUACGCUCGAGUGCGAGGUAUCGGCCGAGCGGGUGAAGGCGGCGCGGUGGACGCUGAACGGCGUGGAGCUGAGCGCGGCGUUCCCGGGGCUCGCCACGGUGGAGCGGGACGGCCGCGUGCACCGCGUCGUCAUCCCCGUCGCGUGCCCCUCCAUGUCCGGCACCGUCACCUUCCGCGCCGGGAAGGCAUCGACGGCCGCGGUGCUCACGGUACACGAGGCACCUUUGGAGGUGUCGAGCGGACUUGCGGACACGGAAGUGACGGAAAGAGAAGACGUGACGAUCUCCUGCGCGUUCCAUCGAGCCAACACCGCCCCGCUCCCCUCCGUCACCUGGUUCCACGGCCGCGUUGCCCUGAACCCCUCGAGCAAGCAUCACAUGGUGCAGGAGGCCGGCAGAGCGUGCCUCACGAUCCGCCGAGUGCACCAAGACGACGCGGGGGAGUAUUCGUGCCGGGCCGGCGGGACCAGCACCGCCGCCGUCCUAACCGUGCGAGGGCGCGACGUGCGAGUGACCCGGGCCAUGGGAGAUGUUGACGCGGAGGAGAAGGGCACCGCGGUGUUCCGCUGUGAGCUCUCCCGCGGUGACGCGGACGACGCUGAGUGGCUCCUGAACGACGUGCAGCUCGUGCCGGGCGAGGCCACGGAGAUCUCGCGGGACGGGCGCUGCCACGCGCUCAAGCUGAGCAACCUCACGACGGAGGACGCUGGCACCAUCACCUUCCGGGCAGAGGGCGUCGAACAGACGGCCCAGUUGCACGUGAAGGAGGAACCCUUGGCAUUCGAGCAAGAACUGCAGGACGUGCUUGGGGAAGAGCAGGGCACGGCGGAGCUGCGGUGCUCGCUGUCACGCGACGCGCCGCCUGGCGUCGGCGUGGAGUGGCGCGGAGGUCGCUUCUCCCGGCCGCUCGUGUCGUCCGACAAGUACGAGGUGGUGCACGCCGGGCGCUCGUUGUGCCUGCUGGUGCGCGCCCUGCGCUGCGAGGAUGCGGGCUCCUACUCGUGCCGCGCGGGGGACGCCAGCACGACCGCGACCCUGCGCGUGCAAGAAUUGAAGCUGACGAUAACCAGGGAGUUGGAAAGCCAAGAGGUGAUGGAGGAGGAGAGCGCCCUGUUCGUGUGCGAGCUCUCGCACGAGGCCAUCGACGGCUGCCGCUGGCUGCUCAACGGCUCGGAGCUGCUGCCAGGAGGACGGGCAGAGAUCGGUUGCAGGGGGAGGAGCAACACCCUGCUCCUCAAGAACCUCAUACCAGAGGAGAGUGGCGACGUCAGAUUUGUGGCCAGGACUAUCUCCUCGUCAGCGAGGCUCACCAUCAAAGAAGCCCCGGUCCUGAUCAAGGAAGGCCUGGUGGACCAGGAAGCCGAUGAGUUUGGAAGUGCCACUCUUACUUGUCAGCUUUCCAAACCUGCUGUGGAAGUCGCUUGGAAAAAGGACUCCACUUUACUCCAGCCAAGCGAUAAAUAUGAGAUAAAGCAGGAAGGAAAAAUAGCGAAGCUCAUCAUUCAUGAUGUGGAACCUGGAGAUGCAGGGAAAUAUGACUGUGACACUGGAGAUGACCACACCUCUGCAGUUCUCAGUGUCAAAGAAGCUCCAGUACUUAUUAAAGAACACGUAAAAGAUCAGGAAGCUGAUGAGUUUGGAAGUGCCACUCUUACUUGUCAGCUUUCCAAACCGGCUGUGGAAGUCGCUUGGAAAAAGGACUCCACUUUACUCCAGCCCAGCGAUAAAUAUGAGAUAAAGCAGGAAGGAAAAAUAGCGAAGCUCAUCGUUCAUGAUGUGGAACCUGGAGAUGCAGGGAAAUAUGACUGUGACACUGGAGAUGACCACACUUGUGCAGUUCUCAAAGUCAAAGAAGCUCCAGUACUUAUGAAAGAACACCUAGAAGAUCAGGAAGCUCAUGAGUUUGGAAGUGCCACUCUUACUUGUCAGCUUUCCAAACCUGCUGUGGAAGUCGCUUGGAAAAAGGACUCCACUUUACUCCAUCCCAGCGAUAAAUAUGAGAUAAAGCAGGAAGGAAAAAUAGCGAAGCUCAUCAUUCAUGAUGUGGAACCUGGAGAUGCAGGGAAAUAUCACUGUGACACUGGAGAUGACCACACCAGUGCAGUUCUCAAUGUCAAAGAAGCUCCAGUACUUAUUAAAGAACACCUAGAAGAUCAGGAAGCUAAUGAGUUUGGAAGUGCCACUCUUACUUGUCAGCUUUCCAAACCGGCCGUGGAAGUCGUUUGGAAAAAGGACUCCACUUUACUCCAUCCCAGCGAUAAAUAUAAGAUAAAGCAGGAAGGAAAAAUAGCGAAGCUCAUCAUUCAUGAUGUGGAGCCUGGAGAUGCAGGGGAAUAUGGUUGUGACACUAGAGAUGACCACACUUGUGCAGUUCUCAAAGUCAAAGAAGCCCCUGUUAAAAUGUCUGAAGGCCUGGUGGACCAAGAAGCCGAUGAGUUUGGAAGUGCCACUCUUACUUGUCAGCUUUCCAAACCUGCUGUGGAAGUUGUGUGGAAAAAGGACUCCACUUUACUCCAUCCCAGCGAUAAAUAUGAGAUAAAGCAGGAAGGAAAAAUAGCGAAGCUCAUCAUUCAUGAUGUGGAACCUGGAGAUGCAGGGAAAUAUGACUGUGACACUGGAGAUGACCACACUUGUGCAGUUCUCAAAGUCAAAGAAGCUCCAGUACUUAUUAAAGAACACCUAGAAGAUCAGGAAGCCGAUGAGUUUGGAAGUGCCACUCUUACUUGUCAGCUUUCCAAACCUGCUGUGGAAGUCGUGUGGAAAAAGGACUCCACUUUACUCCAUCCCAGCGUUAAAUAUGAGAUAAAGCAGGAAGGAAAAAUAGCGAAGCUCAUCAUUCAUGAUGUGGAACCUGGAGAUGCAGGGAAAUAUGACUGUGACACUAGAGAUGACCACACCUCUGCAGUUCUCAAUGUCAAAGAAGCUCCAGUACUUAUUAAAGAACACCUAGAAGAUCAGGAAGCUAAUGAGCUUGGAAGUGCCACUCUUACUUGUCAGCUUUCCAAAACUGCUGUGGAAGUCGUGUGGAAAAAGGACUCCACUUUACUCCAUCCCAGCGAUAAAUAUGAGAUAAAGCAGGAAGGAAAAAUAGCGACCCUCAUCAUUCAUGAUGUGGACCCUGGAGAUGCAGGGGGAUAUGGUUGUGACACUGGAGAUGACCACACUUGUGCAGUUCUCAAAGUCAAAGAAGCCCCUGUUAAAAUAUCAGAAGGCCUGGUGGACCAGGAAGCCGAUGAGUUUGGAAGUGCCACUCUUACUUGUCAGCUUUCCAAACCUGCUGUGGAAGUCGUGUGGAAAAAGGACUCGAAUCUACUCCAGCCCAGCGAUAAAUAUGAGAUAAAGCAGGAAGGAAAAAUAGCGAAGCUCAUCAUUCAUGAUGUGGAACUUGGAGAUGCAGGGAAAUAUGACUGUGACACUGGAGAUGACCACACCUCUGCAGUUCUCAAUGUCAAAGAAGCUCCAGUACUUAUUAAAGAACACCUAGAAGAUCAGGAAGCUAAUGAGUUUGGAAGUGCCACUCUUACUUGUCAGCUUUCCAAACCGGCUGUGGAAGUCGUGUGGAAAAAGGACUCCACUUUACUCCAUCCCAGCGAUAAAUAUGAGAUAAAGCAGGAAGGAAAAAUAGCGACACUCAUCAUUCAUGAUGUGGAACCUGGAGAUGCAGGGGAAUAUGGUUGUGACACUGGAGAUGACCACACUUGUGCAGUUCUCAAAGUCAAAGAAGCCCCUGUUAAAAUAUCAGAAGGCCUGGUGGACCAGGAAGCCGAUGAGUUUGGAAGUGCCACUCUUACUUGUCAGCUUUCCAAACCUGCUGUGGAAGUCGUGUGGAAAAAGGACUCGAAUCUACUCCAGCCCAGCGAUAAAUAUGAGAUAAAGCAGGAAGGAAAAAUAGCGAAGCUCAUCAUUCAUGAUGUGGAACUUGGAGAUGCAGGGAAAUAUGACUGUGACACUGGAGAUGACCACACCUCUGCAGUUCUCAAUGUCAAAGAAGCUCCAGUACUUAUUAAAGAACACCUAGAAGAUCAGGAAGCUAAUGAGUUUGGAAGUGCCACUCUUACUUGUCAGCUUUCCAAACCGGCUGUGGAAGUCGUGUGGAAAAAGGACUCCACUUUACUCCAUCCCAGCGAUAAAUAUGAGAUAAAGCAGGAAGGAAAAAUAGCGAUACUCAUCAUUCAUGAUGUGGAACCUGGAGAUGCAGGGGAAUAUGGUUGUGACACUGGAGAUGACCACACUUGUGCAGUUCUCAAAGUCAAAGAAGCCCCUGUUAAAAUAUCAGAAGGCCUGGUGGACCAGGAAGCCGAUGAGUUUGGAAGUGCCACUCUUACUUGUCAGCUUUCCAAACCUGCUGUGGAAGUCGUGUGGAAAAAGGACUCGAAUCUACUCCAGCCCAGCGAUAAAUAUGAGAUAAAGCAGGAAGGAAAAAUAGCGAAGCUCAUCAUUCAUGAUGUGGAACUUGGAGAUGCAGGGAAAUAUGACUGUGACACUGGAGAUGACCACACCUCUGCAGUUCUCAAUGUCAAAGAAGCUCCAGUACUUAUUAAAGAACACCUAGAAGAUCAGGAAGCUAAUGAGUUUGGAAGUGCCACUCUUACUUGUCAGCUUUCCAAACCGGCUGUGGAAGUCGUGUGGAAAAAGGACUCCACUUUACUCCAUCCCAGCGAUAAAUAUGAGAUAAAGCAGGAAGGAAAAAUAGCGACACUCAUCAUUCAUGAUGUGGAACCUGGAGAUGCAGGGGAAUAUGGUUGUGACACUGGAGAUGACCACACUUGUGCAGUUCUCAAAGUCAAAGAAGCCCCUGUUAAAAUAUCAGAAGGCCUGGUGGACCAGGAAGCCGAUGAGUUUGGAAGUGCCACUCUUACUUGUCAGCUUUCCAAACCUGCUGUGGAAGUCGUGUGGAAAAAGGACUCGAAUCUACUCCAGCCCAGCGAUAAAUAUGAGAUAAAGCAGGAAGGAAAAAUAGCGAAGCUCAUCAUUCAUGAUGUGGAACUUGGAGAUGCAGGGAAAUAUGACUGUGACACUGGAGAUGACCACACCUCUGCAGUUCUCAAUGUCAAAGAAGCUCCAGUACUUAUUAAAGAACACCUAGAAGAUCAGGAAGCUAAUGAGUUUGGAAGUGCCACUCUUACUUGUCAGCUUUCCAAACCGGCUGUGGAAGUCGUGUGGAAAAAGGACUCCACUUUACUCCAUCCCAGCGAUAAAUAUGAGAUAAAGCAGGAAGGAAAAAUAGCGAUACUCAUCAUUCAUGAUGUGGAACCUGGAGAUGCAGGGGAAUAUGGUUGUGACACUGGAGAUGACCACACUUGUGCAGUUCUCAAAGUCAAAGAAGCCCCUGUUAAAAUAUCAGAAGGCCUGGUGGACCAGGAAGCCGAUGAGUUUGGAAGUGCCACUCUUACUUGUCAGCUUUCCAAACCUGCUGUGGAAGUCGCUUGGAAAAAGGACUCCACUUUACUCCAUCCCAGCGAUAAAUAUGAAAUAAAGCAGGAAGGAAAAAUAGCGAAGCUCAUCAUUCAUGAUGUGGAACCUGGAGAUGCAGGGAAAUAUGACUGUGACACUGGAGAUGACCACACCUCUUCAGUUCUCAAUGUCAAAGAAGCUCCAGUACUUAUUAAAGAACACCUAGAAGAUCAGGAAGCUAAUGAGCUUGGAAGUGCCACUCUUACUUGUCAGCUUUCCAAAACUGCUGUGGAAGUCGUGUGGAAAAAGGACUCCACUUUACUCCAUCCCAGCGAUAAAUAUGAGAUAAAGCAGGAAGGAAAAAUAGCGACCCUCAUCAUUCAUGAUGUGGACCCUGGAGAUGCAGGGGGAUAUGGUUGUGACACUGGAGAUGACCACACUUGUGCAGUUCUCAAAGUCAAAGAAGCCCCUGUUAAAAUAUCAGAAGGCCUGGUGGACCAGGAAGCCGAUGAGUUUGGAAGUGCCACUCUUACUUGUCAGCUUUCCAAACCUGCUGUGGAAGUCGCUUGGAAAAAGGACUCCACUUUACUCCAGCCCAGCGAUAAAUAUGAGAUAAAGCAGGAAGGAAAAAUAGCGAAGCUCAUCAUUCAUGAUGUGGAACUUGGAGAUGCAGGGAAAUAUGACUGUGACAUUGGAGAUGACCACACCUCUGCAGUUCUCUAUGUCAAAGAAGCUCCAGUAAUUAUUAAAGAACACCUAGAAGAUCAGGAAGCUAAUGAGUUUGGAAGUGCCACUCUUACUUGUCAGCUUUCCAAACCGGCUGUGGAAGUCGUGUGGAAAAAAGACUCCACUUUACUCCAUCCCAGCGAUAAAUAUGAGAUAAAGCAGGAAGGAAAAAUAGCGACACUCAUCAUUCAUGAUGUGGAACCUGGAGAUGCAGGGGAAUAUGGUUGUGACACUGGAGAUGACCACACUUGUGCAGUUCUCAAAGUCAAAGAAGCCCCUGUUAAAAUAUCAGAAGGCCUGGUGGACCAGGAAGCCGAUGAGUUUGGAAGUGCCACUCUUACUUGUCAGCUUUCCAAACCUGCUGUGGAAGUCGUGUGGAAAAAGGACUCGAAUCUACUCCAUCCCAGCGAUAAAUAUGAAAUGAAGCAGGAAGGAAAAAUAGCGAAGCUCAUCAUUCAUGAUGUGGUACCUGGAGAUGCAGGGGAAUAUGGUUGUGAAACUAGAGAUGACCACACUUGUGCAGUUCUCAAAGUCAAAGAAGCCCCUGUUAAAAUAUCAGAAGGCCUGGUGGACCAGGAAGCCGAUGAGUUUGGAAGUGCCACUCUUACUUGUCAGCUUUCCAAACCUGCUGUGGAAGUCGCUUGGAAAAAGGACUCCACUUUACUCCAGCCCAGCGAUAAAUAUGAGAUAAAGCAGGAAGGAAAAAUAGCGAAGCUCAUCAUUCAUGAUGUGGAACUUGGAGAUGCAGGGAAAUAUGACUGUGACAUUGGAGAUGACCACACCUCUGCAGUUCUCUAUGUCAAAGAAGCCCCUGUUAAAAUAUCAGAAGGCCUGGUGGACCAGGAAGCCGAUGAGUUUGGAAGUGCCACUCUUACUUGUCAGCUUUCCAAACCUGCUGUGGAAGUCGUUUGGAAAAAGGACUCCACUUUACUCCAGCCCAGCGAUAAAUAUGAGAUAAAGCAGGAAGGAAAAAUAGCGAAGCUCAUCAUUCAUGAUGUGGAACUUGGAGAUGCAGGGGAAUAUGGUUGUGAAACUAGAGAUGACCACACUUGUGCAGUUCUCAAUGUCAAAGAAGCUCCAGUACUUAUUAAAGAACACCUAGAAGAUCAGGAAGCCGAUGAGUUUGGAAGUGCCACUCUUACUUGUCAGCUUUCCAAACCUGCUGUGGAAGUCGUGUGGAAAAAGGACUCGAAUCUACUCCAUCCCAGCGAUAAAUAUGAGAUAAAGCAGGAAGGAAAAAUAGCGAAGCUCAUCAUUCAUGAUGUGGAACCUGGAGAUGCAGGGAAAUAUGACUGUGACACUGGAGAUGACCACACCUCUGCAGUUCUCAAUGUCAAAGAAGCUCCAGUAGUUAUUAAAGAACACCUAGAAGAUCAGGAAGCCGAUGAGUUUGGAAGUACCACUCUUACUUGUCAGCUUUCCAAACCUGCUGUGGAAGUCGUGUGGAAAAAGGACUCCACUUUACUCCAUCCCAGCGAUAAAUAUGAGAUAAAGCAGGAAGGAAAAAUAGCGACACUCAUCAUUCAUGAUGUGGAACCUGGAGAUGCAGGGGAAUAUGGUUGUGACACUGGAGAUGACCACACUUGUGCAGUUCUCAAAGUCAAAGAAGCCCCUGUUAAAAUAUCAGAAGGCCUGGUGGACCAGGAAGCCGAUGAGUUUGGAAGUGCCACUCUUACUUGUCAGCUUUCCAAACCUGCUGUGGAAGUCGUUUGGAAAAAGGACUCCACUUUACUCCAGCCCAGCGAUAAAUAUGAGAUAAAGCAGGAAGGAAAAAUAGCGAAGCUCAUCAUUCAUGAUGUGGAACUUGGAGAUGCAGGGGAAUAUGGUUGUGAAACUAGAGAUGACCACACUUGUGCAGUUCUCAAUGUCAAAGAAGCUCCAGUACUUAUUAAAGAACACCUAGAAGAUCAGGAAGCCGAUGAGUUUGGAAGUGCCACUCUUACUUGUCAGCUUUCCAAACCUGCUGUGGAAGUCGCUUGGAAAAAGGACUCCACUUUACUCCAUCCCAGCAAUAAAUAUGAGAUAAAGCAGGAAGGAAAAAUAGCGACACUCAUCAUUCAUGAUGUGGAACCUGGAGAUGCAGGGGAAUAUGGUUGUGACACUGGAGAUGACCACACUUGUGCAGUUCUCAAAGUCAAAGAAGCACCUGUUAAAAUAUCAGAAGGCCUGGUGGACCAGGAAGCCGAUGAGUUUGGAAGUGCCACUCUUACUUGUCAGCUUUCCAAACCUGCUGUGGAAGUCGUGUGGAAAAAGGACUCGAAUCUACUCCAUCCCAGCGAUAAAUAUGAGAUAAAGCAGGAAGGAAAAAUAGCGAAGCUCAUCAUUCAUGAUGUGGAACCUGGAGAUGCAGGGAAAUAUGACUGUGACAUUGGAGAUGACCACACCUCUGCAGUCCUCAAUGUCAAAGAAGCUCCAGUAGUUAUUAAAGAACACCUAGAAGAUCAGGAAGCCGAUGAGUUUGGAAGUACCACUCUUACUUGUCAGCUUUCCAAACCUGCUGUGGAAGUCGUGUGGAAAAAGGACUCCACUUUACUCCAUCCCAGCGAUAAAUAUGACAUAAAGCAGGAAGGAAAAAUAGCGACACUCAUCAUUCAUGAUGUGGAACCUGGAGAUGCAGGGGAAUAUGGUUGUGACACUGGAGAUGACCACACUUGUGCAGUUCUCAAAGUCAAAGAAGCCCCUGUUAAAAUAUCAGAAGGCCUGGUGGACCAGGAAGCCGAUGAGUUUGGAAGUGCCACUCUUACUUGUCAGCUUUCCAAACCUGCUGUGGAAGUCGCUUGGAAAAAGUACUCCACUUUACUCCAGCCCAGCGUUAAAUAUGAGAUAAAGCAGGAAGGAAAAAUAGCGAGGCUCAUCAUUCAUGAUGUGGAACCUGGAGAUGCAGGGGAAUAUGGUUGUGAAACUAGAGAUGACCACACUUGUGCAGUUCUCAAUGUCAAAGAAGCUCCAGUACUUAUUAAAGAACACCUAGAAGAUCAGGAAGCCGAUGAGUUUGGAAGUGCCACUCUUACUUGUCAGCUUUCCAAACCUGCUGUGGAAGUCGUGUGGAAAAAGGACUCCACUUUACUCCAUUUCAGCGAUAAAUAUGAGAUAAAGCAGGAAGGAAAAAUAGCGACACUCAUCAUUCAUGAUGUGGAACCUGGAGAUGCAGGGAAAUAUGGUUGUGACACUGGAGAUGACCACACUUGUGCAGUUCUCAAAGUCAAAGAAGCCCCUGUUAAAAUAUCAGAAGGCCUGGUGGACCAGGAAGCCGAUGAGUUUGGAAGUGCCACUCUUACUUGUCAGCUUUCCAAACCUGCUGUGGAAGUCGCUUGGAAAAAGGACUCCACUUUACUCCAGCCCAGCGAUAAAUAUGAGAUAAAGCAGGAAGGAAAAAUAGCGAAGCUCAUCAUUCAUGAUGUGGAACCUGGAGAUGCAGGGAAAUAUGACUGUGACACUAGAGAUGACCACACCUCUGCAGUUCUCAAUGUCAAAGAAGCUCCAGUACUUAUUAAAGAACACCUAGAAGAUCAGGAAGCCGAUGAGUUUGGAAGUGCCACUCUUACUUGUCAGCUUUCCAAACCUGCUGUGGAAGUCGUGUGGAAAAAGGACUCCACUUUACUCCAUCCCAGCGAUAAAUAUGAGAUAAAGCAGGAAGGAAAAAUAGCGAAGCUCAUCAUUCAUGAUGUGGAACCUGGAGAUGCAGGGGAAUAUGGUUGUGACACUGGAGAUGACCACACUUGUGCAGUUCUCAAAGUCAAAGAAGCCCCUGUUAAAAUAUCAGAAGGCCUGGUGGACCAGGAAGCCGAUGAGUUUGGAAGUGCCACUCUUACUUGUCAGCUUUCCAAACCUGCUGUGGAAGUCGCUUGGAAAAAGGACUCCACUUUACUCCAGCCCAGCGAUAAAUAUGAGAUAAAGCAGGAAGGAAAAAUAGCGAAGCUCAUCAUUCAUGAUGUGGAACCUGGAGAUGCAGGGAAAUAUGACUGUGACACUAGAGAUGACCACACCUCUGCAGUUCUCAAUGUCAAAGAAGCUCCAGUACUUAUUAAAGAACACCUAGAAGAUCAGGAAGCCGAUGAGUUUGGAAGUGCCACUCUUACUUGUCAGCUUUCCAAACCUGCUGUGGAAGUCGCUUGGAAAAAGGACUCCACUUUACUCCAGCCCAGCGAUAAAUAUGAGAUAAAGCAGGAAGGAAAAAUAGCGAAGCUCAUCAUUCAUGAUGUGGAACCUGGAGAUGCAGGGAAAUAUGACUGUGACACUAGAGAUGACCACACCUCUGCAGUUCUCAAUGUCAAAGAAGCUCCAGUACUUAUUAAAGAACACCUAGAAGAUCAGGAAGCCGAUGAGUUUGGAAGUGCCACUCUUACUUGUCAGCUUUCCAAACCUGCUGUGGAAGUCGUGUGGAAAAAGGACUCCACUUUACUCCAUCCCAGCGAUAAAUAUGAGAUAAAGCAGGAAGGAAAAAUAGCGAAGCUCAUCAUUCAUGAUGUGGAACCUGGAGAUGCAGGGGAAUAUGGUUGUGACACUGGAGAUGACCACACUUGUGCAGUUCUCAAAGUCAAAGAAGCCCCUGUUAAAAUAUCAGAAGGCCUGGUGGACCAGGAAGCCGAUGAGUUUGGAAGUGCCACUCUUACUUGUCAGCUUUCCAAACCUGCUGUGGAAGUCGCUUGGAAAAAGGACUCCACUUUACUCCAGCCCAGCGAUAAAUAUGAGAUAAAGCAGGAAGGAAAAAUAGCGAAGCUCAUCAUUCAUGAUGUGGAACCUGGAGAUGCAGGGAAAUAUGACUGUGACACUAGAGAUGACCACACCUCUGCAGUUCUCAAUGUCAAAGAAGCUCCAGUACUUAUUAAAGAACACCUAGAAGAUCAGGAAGCCGAUGAGUUUGGAAGUGCCACUCUUACUUGUCAGCUUUCCAAACCUGCUGUGGAAGUCGUGUGGAAAAAGGACUCCACUUUACUCCAUCCCAGCGAUAAAUAUGAGAUAAAGCAGGAAGGAAAAAUAGCGAAGCUCAUCAUUCAUGAUGUGGAACCUGGAGAUGCAGGGGAAUAUGGUUGUGACACUGGAGAUGACCACACUUGUGCAGUUCUCAAAGUCAAAGAAGCCCCUGUUAAAAUAUCAGAAGGCCUGGUGGACCAGGAAGCCGAUGAGUUUGGAAGUGCCACUCUUACUUGUCAGCUUUCCAAACCUGCUGUGGAAGUCGCUUGGAAAAAGGACUCCACUUUACUCCAGCCCAGCGAUAAACAUGAGAUAAAGCAGGAAGGAAAAAUAGCGAAGCUCAUCAUUCAUGAUGUGCAACCUGGAGAUGCAGGGAAAUAUGACUGUGAGACUAGAGAUGACCACACCUCUGCAGUUCUCAAUGUCAAAGAAGCUCCAGUACUUAUUAAAGAACACCUAGAAGAUCAGGAAGCCGAUGAGUUUGGAAGUGCCACUCUUACUUGUCAGCUUUCCAAACCUACUGUGGAAGUCGUGUGGAAAAAGGACUCCACUUUACUCCAUCCCAGCGAUAAAUAUGAGAUAAAGCAGGAAGGAAAAAUAGCGACACUCAUCAUUCAUGAUGUGGAACCUGGAGAUGCAGGGGAAUAUGGUUGUGACACUGGAGAUGACCACACUUGUGCAGUUCUCAAAGUCAAAGAAGCCCCUGUUAAAAUAUCAGAAGGCCUGGUGGACCAGGAAGCCGAUGAGUUUGGAAGUGCCACUCUUACUUGUCAGCUUUCCAAACCUGCUGUGGAAGUCGCUUGGAAAAAGGACUGCACUUUACUCCAGCCCAGCGAUAAAUAUGAGAUAAAGCAGGAAGGAAAAAUAGCGAAGCUCAUCAUUCAUGAUGUGGAACCUGGAGAUGCAGGGGAAUAUGGUUGUGAAACUAGAGAUGACCACACUUGUGCAGUUCUCAAUGUCAAAGAAGCUCCAGUACUUAUUAAAGAACACCUAGAAGAUCAGGAAGCCGAUGAGUUUGGAAGUGCCACUCUUACUUGUCAGCUUUCCAAACCUGCUGUGGAAGUCGUGUGGAAAAAGGACUCCACUUUACUCCAUCCCAGCGAUAAAUAUGAGAUAAAGCAGGAAGGAAAAAUAGUGACACUCAUCAUUCAUGAUGUGGAACCUGGAGAUGCAGGGGAAUAUGGUUGUGACACUGGAGAUGACCACACUUGUGCAGUUCUCAAAGUCAAAGAAGCCCCUGUUAAAAUAUCAGAAGGCCUGGUGGACCAGGAAGCCGAUCAGUUUGGAAGUGCCACUCUUACUUGUCAGCUUUCCAAACCUGCUGUGGAAGUCGCUUGGAAAAAGGACUGCACUUUACUCCAGCCCAGCGAUAAAUAUGAGAUAAAGCAGGAAGGAAAAAUAGCGAAGCUCAUCAUUCAUGAUGUGGAACCUGGAGAUGCAGGGGAAUAUGGUUGUGAAACUAGAGAUGACCACACUUGUGCAGUUCUCAAUGUCAAAGAAGCUCCAGUACUUAUUAAAGAACACCUAGAAGAUCAGGAAGCCGAUGAGUUUGGAAGUGCCACUCUUACUUGUCAGCUUUCCAAACCUGCUGUGGAAGUCGUGUGGAAAAAGGACUCCACUUUACUCCAUCCCAGCGAUAAAUAUGAGAUUAUGCAGGAAGGAAAAAUAGCGACACUCAUCAUUCAUGAUGUGGAACCUGGAGAUGCAGGGGAAUAUGGUUGUGACACUGGAGAUGACCACUCUUGUGCAGUUCUCAAAGUCAAAGACGCCCCUGUUAAAAUAUCAGAAGGCCUGGUGGACCAGGAAGCCGAUGAGUUUGGAAGUGCCACUCUUACUUGUCAGCUUUCCAAACCUGCUGUGGAAGUCGCUUGGAAAAAGGACUCCACUUUACUCCAGCCCAGCGAUAAAUAUGAGAUAAAGCAGGAAGGAAAAAUAGCGAAGCUCAUCAUUCAUGAUGUGGAACCUGGAGAUGCAGGGAAAUAUGACUGUGACACUAGAGAUGACCACACUUGUGCAGUUCUCAAAGUCAAAGAAGCCCCUGUUAAAAUAUCAGAAGGCCUGGUGGACCAGGAAGCCGAUGAGUUUGGAAGUGCCACUCUUACUUGUCAGCUUUCCAAACCUGCUGUGGAAGUCGCUUGGAAAAAGGACUCCACUUUACUCCAGCCCAGCGAUAAAUAUGAGAUAAAGCAGGAAGGAAAAAUAGCGAAGCUCAUCAUUCAUGAUGUGGAACCUGGAGAUGCAGGGAAAUAUGACUGUGACACUAGAGAUGACCACACCUCUGCAGUUCUCAAUGUCAAAGAAGCUCCAGUACUUAUUAAAGAACACCUAGAAGAUCAGGAAGCCGAUGAGUUUGGAAGUGCCACUCUUACUUGUCAGCUUUCCAAACCUGCUGUGGAAGUCGUGUGGAAAAAGGACUCCACUUUACUCCAUCCCAGCAAUAAAUAUGAGAUAAAGCAGGAAGGAAAAAUAGCGAAGCUCAUCAUUCAUGAUGUUGAACCUGGAGAUGCAGGGGAAUAUGGUUGUGAAACUAGAGAUGACCACACUUGUGCAGUUCUCAAAGUCAAAGAAACCCCUGUUAAAAUAUCAGAAGGCCUGGUGGACCAGGAAGCCGAUGAGUUUGGAAGUGCCACUCUUACUUGUCAGCUUUCCAAACCUGCUGUGGAAGUCGCUUGGAAAAAGGACUCCACUUUACUCCAGCCCAGCGAUAAACAUGAGAUAAAGCAGGAAGGAAAAAUAGCGAAGCUCAUCAUUCAUGAUGUGGAACCUGGAGAUGCAGGGAAAUAUGACUGUGACACUAGAGAUGACCACACCUCUGCAGUUCUCAAUGUCAAAGAAGCUCCAGUACUUAUUAAAGAACACCUAGAAGAUCAGGAAGCCGAUGAGUUUGGAAGUGCCACUCUUACUUGUCAGCUUUCCAAACCUGCUGUGGAAGUCGUGUGGAAAAAGGACUCCACUUUACUCCAUCCCAGCGAUAAAUAUGAGAUUAUGCAGGAAGGAAAAAUAGCGACACUCAUCAUUCAUGAUGUGGAACCUGGAGAUGCAGGGGAAUAUGGUUGUGACACUGGAGAUGACCACUCUUGUGCAGUUCUCAAAGUCAAAGACGCCCCUGUUAAAAUAUCAGAAGGCCUGGUGGACCAGGAAGCCGAUGAGUUUGGAAGUGCCACUCUUACUUGUCAGCUUUCCAAACCUGCUGUGGAAGUCGCUUGGAAAAAGGACUCCACUUUACUCCAGCCCAGCGAUAAAUAUGAGAUAAAGCAGGAAGGAAAAAUAGCGAAGCUCAUCAUUCAUGAUGUGGAACCUGGAGAUGCAGGGAAAUAUGACUGUGACACUAGAGAUGACCACACUUGUGCAGUUCUCAAAGUCAAAGAAGCCCCUGUUAAAAUAUCAGAAGGCCUGGUGGACCAGGAAGCCGAUGAGUUUGGAAGUGCCACUCUUACUUGUCAGCUUUCCAAACCUGCUGUGGAAGUCGCUUGGAAAAAGGACUCCACUUUACUCCAGCCCAGCGAUAAAUAUGAGAUAAAGCAGGAAGGAAAAAUAGCGAAGCUCAUCAUUCAUGAUGUGGAACCUGGAGAUGCAGGGAAAUAUGACUGUGACACUAGAGAUGACCACACCUCUGCAGUUCUCAAUGUCAAAGAAGCUCCAGUACUUAUUAAAGAACACCUAGAAGAUCAGGAAGCCGAUGAGUUUGGAAGUGCCACUCUUACUUGUCAGCUUUCCAAACCUGCUGUGGAAGUCGUGUGGAAAAAGGACUCCACUUUACUCCAUCCCAGCAAUAAAUAUGAGAUAAAGCAGGAAGGAAAAAUAGCGAAGCUCAUCAUUCAUGAUGUUGAACCUGGAGAUGCAGGGGAAUAUGGUUGUGAAACUAGAGAUGACCACACUUGUGCAGUUCUCAAAGUCAAAGAAACCCCUGUUAAAAUAUCAGAAGGCCUGGUGGACCAGGAAGCCGAUGAGUUUGGAAGUGCCACUCUUACUUGUCAGCUUUCCAAACCUGCUGUGGAAGUCGCUUGGAAAAAGGACUCCACUUUACUCCAGCCCAGCGAUAAACAUGAGAUAAAGCAGGAAGGAAAAAUAGCGAAGCUCAUCAUUCAUGAUGUGGAACCUGGAGAUGCAGGGAAAUAUGACUGUGACACUAGAGAUGACCACACCUCUGCAGUUCUCAAUGUCAAAGAAGCUCCAGUACUUAUUAAAGAACACCUAGAAGAUCAGGAAGCUCAUGAGUUUGGAAGUGCCACUCUUACUUGUCAGCUUUCCAAACCGGCUGUGGAAGUCCUUUGGAAAAAGGAAUCCACUUUACUCCAUCCCAGCGAUAAAUAUGAGAUAAAACAGGAAGGAAAAAUAGCGACACUCAUCAUUCAUGAUGUGGAACCUGGAGAUGCAGGGGAAUAUGGUUGUGACACUGGAGAUGACCACACUUGUGCAGUUCUCAAAGUCAAAGAGGCCCCUGUUAAAAUAUCAGAAGGCCUGGUGGACCAGGAAGCCGAUGAGUUUGGAAGUGCCACUCUUACUUGUCAGCUUUCCAAACCUGCUGUGGAAGUCGCUUGGAAAAAGGACUCGAAUCUACUCCAUCCCAGCGAUAAAUAUGAGAUAAAGCAGGAAGGAAAAAUAGCGAAGCUCAUCAUUCAUGAUGUGGAACCUGGAGAUGCAGGGAAAUAUGACUGUGACACUAGAGAUGACCACACCUCUGCAGUUCUCAAUGUCAAAGAAGCUCCAGUACUUAUUAAAGAACACCUAGAAGAUCAGGAAGCUCAUGAGUUUGGAAGUGCCACUCUUACUUGUCAGCUUUCCAAACCUGCUGUGGAAGUCGCUUGGAAAAAGGACUCCACUUUACUCCAUCCCAGCAAUAAAUAUGAAAUAAAGCAGGAAGGAAAAAUAGCGAAGCUCGUCAUUCAUGAUGUGGAACUUGGAGAUGCAGGGGAAUAUGGUUGUGAAACUAGAGAUGACCACACUUGUGCAGUUCUCAAAGUCAAAGAAGCCCCUGUUAAAAUAUCAGAAGGCCUGGUGGACCAGGAAGCCGAUGAGUUUGGAAGUGCCACUCUUACUUGUCAGCUUUCCAAACCUGCUGUGGAAGUCGCUUGGAAAAAGGACUCCACUUUACUCCAGCCCAGCGAUAAAUAUGAGAUAAAGCAGGAAGGAAAAAUAGCGAAGCUCAUCAUUCAUGAUGUGGAACCUGGAGAUGCAGGGAAAUAUGACUGUGACACUAGAGAUGACCACACCUCUGCAGUUCUCAAUGUCAAAGAAGCUCCAGUACUUAUUAAAGAACACCUAGAAGAUCAGGAAGCCGAUGAGUUUGGAAGUGCCACUCUUACUUGUCAGCUUUCCAAACCUGCUGUGGAAGUCGUGUGGAAAAAGGACUCCACUUUACUCCAUCCCAGCGAUAAAUAUGAGAUAAAGCAGGAAGGAAAAAUAGCGAAGCUCAUCAUUCAUGAUGUGCAACCUGGAGAUGCAGGGGAAUAUGGUUGUGAAACUAGAGAUGACCACACUUGUGCAGUUCUCAAAGUCAAAGAAGCCCCUGUUAAAAUAUCAGAAGGCCUGGUGGACCAGGAAGCCGAUGAGUUUGGAAGUGCCACUCUUACUUGUCAGCUUUCCAAACCUGCUGUGGAAGUCGCUUGGAAAAAGGACUCCACUUUACUCCAGCCCAGCGAUAAACAUGAGAUAAAGCAGGAAGGAAAAAUAGCGAAGCUCAUCAUUCAUGAUGUGGAACCUGGAGAUGCAGGGAAAUAUGACUGUGACACUAGAGAUGACCACACCUCUGCAGUUCUCAAUGUCAAAGAAGCUCCAGUACUUAUUAAAGAACACCUAGAAGAUCAGGAAGCUCAUGAGUUUGGAAGUGCCACUCUUACUUGUCAGCUUUCCAAACCGGCUGUGGAAGUCCUUUGGAAAAAGGAAUCCACUUUACUCCAUCCCAGCGAUAAAUAUGAGAUAAAGCAGGAAGGAAAAAUAGCGACACUCAUCAUUCAUGAUGUGGAACCUGGAGAUGCAGGGGAAUAUGGUUGUGACACUGGAGAUGACCACACUUGUGCAGUUCUCAAAGUCAAAGAAGCCCCUGUUAAAAUAUCAGAAGGCCUGGUGGACCAGGAAGCCGAUGAGUUUGGAAGUGCCACUCUUACUUGUCAGCUUUCCAAACCUGCUGUGGAAGUCGCUUGGAAAAAGGACUCGAAUCUACUCCAUCCCAGCGAUAAAUAUGAGAUAAAGCAGGAAGGAAAAAUAGCGAAGCUCAUCAUUCAUGAUGUGGAACCUGGAGAUGCAGGGAAAUAUGACUGUGACACUAGAGAUGACCACACCUCUGCAGUUCUCAAUGUCAAAGAAGCUCCAGUACUUAUUAAAGAACACCUAGAAGAUCAGGAAGCUCAUGAGUUUGGAAGUGCCACUCUUACUUGUCAGCUUUCCAAACCUGCUGUGGAAGUCGCUUGGAAAAAGGACUCCACUUUACUCCAUCCCAGCAAUAAAUAUGAAAUAAAGCAGGAAGGAAAAAUAGCGAAGCUCGUCAUUCAUGAUGUGGAACUUGGAGAUGCAGGGGAAUAUGGUUGUGAAACUAGAGAUGACCACACUUGUGCAGUUCUCAAAGUCAAAGAAGCCCCUGUUAAAAUAUCAGAAGGCCUGGUGGACCAGGAAGCCGAUGAGUUUGGAAGUGCCACUCUUACUUGUCAGCUUUCCAAACCUGCUGUGGAAGUCGCUUGGAAAAAGGACUCCACUUUACUCCAGCCCAGCGAUAAAUAUGAGAUAAAGCAGGAAGGAAAAAUAGCGAAGCUCAUCAUUCAUGAUGUGGAACCUGGAGAUGCAGGGAAAUAUGACUGUGACACUAGAGAUGACCACACCUCUGCAGUUCUCAAUGUCAAAGAAGCUCCAGUACUUAUUAAAGAACACCUAGAAGAUCAGGAAGCCGAUGAGUUUGGAAGUGCCACUCUUACUUGUCAGCUUUCCAAACCUGCUGUGGAAGUCGUGUGGAAAAAGGACUCCACUUUACUCCAUCCCAGCGAUAAAUAUGAGAUAAAGCAGGAAGGAAAAAUAGCGAAGCUCAUCAUUCAUGAUGUGGAACCUGGAGAUGCAGGGGAAUAUGGUUGUGAAACUAGAGAUGACCACACUUGUGCAGUUCUCAAAGUCAAAGAAGCCCCUGUUAAAAUAUCAGAAGGCCUGGUGGACCAGGAAGCCGAUGAGUUUGGAAGUGCCACUCUUACUUGUCAGCUUUCCAAACCUGCUGUGGAAGUCGCUUGGAAAAAGGACUCCACUUUACUCCAGCCCAGCGAUAAACAUGAGAUAAAGCAGGAAGGAAAAAUAGCGAAGCUCAUCAUUCAUGAUGUGGAACCUGGAGAUGCAGGGAAAUAUGACUGUGACACUAGAGAUGACCACACCUCUGCAGUUCUCAAUGUCAAAGAAGCUCCAGUACUUAUUAAAGAACACCUAGAAGAUCAGGAAGCUCAUGAGUUUGGAAGUGCCACUCUUACUUGUCAGCUUUCCAAACCGGCUGUGGAAGUCCUUUGGAAAAAGGAAUCCACUUUACUCCAUCCCAGCGAUAAAUAUGAGAUAAAGCAGGAAGGAAAAAUAGCGACACUCAUCAUUCAGGAUGUGGAACCUGGAGAUGCAGGGGAAUAUGGUUGUGACACUGGAGAUGACCACACUUGUGCAGUUCUCAAAGUCAAAGAAGCCCCUGUUAAAAUAUCAGAAGGCCUGGUGGACCAGGAAGCCGAUGAGUUUGGAAGUGCCACUCUUACUUGUCAGCUUUCCAAACCUGCUGUGGAAGUCGCUUGGAAAAAGGACUCGAAUCUACUCCAUCCCAGCGAUAAAUAUGAGAUAAAGCAGGAAGGAAAAAUAGCGAAGCUCAUCAUUCAUGAUGUGGAACCUGGAGAUGCAGGGAAAUAUGACUGUGACACUAGAGAUGACCACACCUCUGCAGUUCUCAAUGUCAAAGAAGCUCCAGUACUUAUUAAAGAACACCUAGAAGAUCAGGAAGCUCAUGAGUUUGGAAGUGCCACUCUUACUUGUCAGCUUUCCAAACCUGCUGUGGAAGUCGCUUGGAAAAAGGACUCCACUUUACUCCAUCCCAGCAAUAAAUAUGAAAUAAAGCAGGAAGGAAAAAUAGCGAAGCUCGUCAUUCAUGAUGUGGAACUUGGAGAUGCAGGGGAAUAUGGUUGUGAAACUAGAGAUGACCACACUUGUGCAGUUCUCAAAGUCAAAGAAGCCCCUAUUAAAAUAUCAGAAGGCCUGGUGGACCAGGAAGCCGAUGAGUUUGGAAGUGCCACUCUUACUUGUCAGCUUUCCAAACCUGCUGUGGAAGUCGCUUGGAAAAAGGACUCCACUUUACUCCAGCCCAGCGAUAAAUAUGAGAUAAAGCAGGAAGGAAAAAUAGCGAAGCUCAUCAUUCAUGAUGUGGAACCUGGAGAUGCAGGGAAAUAUGACUGUGACACUAGAGAUGACUACACCUCUGCAGUUCUCAAUGUCAAAGAAGCUCCAGUACUUAUUAAAGAACACCUAGAAGAUCAGGAAGCCGAUGAGUUUGGAAGUGCCACUCUUACUUGUCAGCUUUGCAAACCUGCUGUGGAAGUCGUGUGGAAAAAGGACUCCACUUUACUCCAUCCCAGCGAUAAACAUGAGAUAAAGCAGGAAGGAAAAAUAGCGACACUCAUCAUUCAUGAUGUGGAACCUGGAGAUGCAGGGGAAUAUGGUUGUGACACUGGAGAUGACCACACUUUUGCAGUUCUCAAAAUCAAAGAAGCCCCUGUUAAAAUAUCAGAAGGCCUGGUGGACCAGGAAGCCGAUGAGUUUGGAAGUGCCACUCUUACUUGUCAGCUUUCCAAACCUGCUGUGGAAGUCGCUUGGAAAAAGGACUCGAAUCUAAUCCAUCCCAGCGAUAAAUAUGAGAUAAAGCAGGAAGGAAAAAUAGCGAAGCUCAUCAUUCAUGAUGUGGAACCUGGAGAUGCAGGGAAAUAUGACUGUGACACUGGAGAUGACCACACCUCUGCAGUUCUCAAUGUCAAAGAAGCUCCAGUACUUAUUAAAGAACACCUAGAAGAUCAGGAAGCUCAUGAGUUUGGAAGUGCCACUCUUACUUGUCAGCUUUCCAAACCGGCUGUGGAAGUCCUUUGGAAAAAGGACUCCACUUUCCUCCAUCCUAGCGAUAAAUAUGAGAUAAAGCAGGAAGGAAAAAUAGCGACACUCACCAUUCAUGAUGUGGAACCUGGAGAUGCAGGGGGAUAUGGUUGUGACACUGGAGAUGACCACACUUGUGCAGUUCUCAAAGUCAAAGAAGCCCCUGUUAAAAUAUCAGAAGGCCUGGUGGACCAGGAAGCCGAUGAGUUUGGAAGUGCCACUCUUACUUGUCAGCUUUCCAAACCUGCUGUGGAAGUCGCUUGGAAAAAGGACUCCACUUUACUCCAUCCCAGCGAUAAAUAUGAAAUAAAGCAGGAAGGAAAAAUAGCGAAGCUCAUCAUUCAUGAUGUGGAACCUGGAGAUGCAGGGGAAUAUGGGUGUGAAACUAGAGAUGACCACACUUGUGCAGUUCUCAAAGUCAAAGAAGCCCCUGUUAAAAUAUCAGAAGGCCUGGUGGACCAGGAAGCCGAUGAGUUUGGAAGUGCCACUCUUACUUGUCAGCUUUCCAAACCUGCUGUGGAAGUCGCUUGGAAAAAGGACUCCACUUUACUCCAGCCCAGCGAUAAAUAUGAGAUAAAGCAGGAAGGAAAAAUAGCGAAGCUCAUCAUUCAUGAUGUGGAACCUGGAGAUGCAGGGAAAUAUGACUGUGACACUGGAGAUGACCACACCAGUGCAGUUCUCAAUGUCAAAGAAGCUCCAGUACUUAUUAAAGAACACCUAGAAGAUCAGGAAGCCGAUGAGUUUGGAAGUGCCACUCUUACUUGUCAGCUUUCCAAACCUGCUGUGGAAGUCGUGUGGAAAAAGGACCCGAAUCUACUCCAUCCCAGCGAUAAAUAUGAGAUAAAGCAGGAAGGAAAAAUAGCGAAGCUCAUCAUUCAUGAUGUGGAACCUGGAGAUGCAGGGAAAUAUGACUGUGACACUGGAGAUGACCACACCUCUGCAGUUCUCAAUGUCAAAGAAGCCCCUGUUAAAAUAUCAGAAGGCCUGGUGGACCAGGAAGCCGAUGAGUUUGGAAGUGCCACUCUUACUUGUCAGCUUUCCAAACCUGCUGUGGAAGUCGUGUGGAAAAAGGACUCGAAUCUACUCCAUCCCAGCGAUAAAUAUGAGAUAAAGCAGGAAGGAAAAAUAGCGAAGCUCAUCAUUCAUGAUGUGGAACCUGGAGAUGCAGGAAAAUAUGACUGUGACACUGGAGAUGACCACACCUCUGCAGUUCUCAAUGUCAAAGAGGCUCCAGUACUUAUUAAAGAACACCUAGAAGAUCAUGAAGCCGAUGAGUUUGGAAGUGCCACUCUUACCUGUCAGCUUUCCAAACCGGCUGUGGAAGUCGUUUGGAAAAAGGACUCCACUUUACUCCAUCCCAGCGAUAAAUAUGAGAUAAAGCAGGAAGGAAAAAUAGCGACGCUCAUCAUUCAUGAUGUUCACCCUGGAGAUUCCGGGGGAUAUGGUUGUGACACGAGAGAUGACCACACUUGUGCAGUUCUCAAAGUCAAAGAAGCCCCUGUUAAAAUAGAAGGCCUGGUGGACCAGGAAGCCGAUGAGUUUGGAAGUGCCACUCUUACUUGUCAGCUUUCCAAACCUGCUGUGGAAGUCGCUUGGAAAAAGGACUCCACUUUACUCCAGCCCAGCGAUAAAUAUGAGAUAUUGCAGGAAGGAAAAAUAGCGAAGCUCAUCAUUCAUGAUGUGGAACCUGGAGAUGCAGGGAAAUAUGACUGUGACACUAGAGAUGACCACACCUCUGCAGUUCUCAAUGUCAAAGAAGCUCCAGUAUUUAUUAAAGAACACCUAGAAGAUCAGGAAGCUAAUGAGUUUGAAAGUGCCGCUCUUACUUGUCAGCUUUCCAAACCGGCUGUGGAAGUCGUUUGGAAAAAGGACUCCACUUUACUCCAUCCCAGCGAUAAAUAUGAGAUAAAGCAGGAAGGAAAAAUAGCGACGCUCAUCAUUCAUGAUGUGGAACCUGGAGAUGCAGGGGAAUAUGGUUGUGACACUGGAGAUGACCACACUUGUGCAGUUCUCAAAGUCAAAGAAGCCCCUGUUAAAAUAUCAGAAGGCCUGGUGGACCAGGAAGCCGAUGAGUUUGGAAGUGCCACUCUUACUUGUCAGCUUUCCAAACCUGCUGUGGAAGUCGCUUGGAAAAAGGACUCCACUUUACUCCAGCCCAGCGAUAAAUAUGAGAUCAAGCAGGAAGGAAAAAUAGCGAAGCUCAUCAUUCAUGAUGUGGAACCUGGAGAUGCAGGGAAAUAUGACUGUGACACUAGAGAUGACCACACCUCUGCAGUUCUCAAUGUCAAAGAAGCUCCAGUACUUAUUAAAGAACACCUAGAAGAUCAGGAAGCUAAUGAGUUUGGAAGUGCCACUCUUACUUGUCAGCUUUCCAAACCUGCUGUGGAAGUCGCUUGGAAAAAGGACUCCACUUUACUCCAUCCCAGCGAUAAAUAUCAGAUAAAGCAGGAAGGAAUAAUAGCAAAACUCAUCAUUCAUGAUGUGGAACCUGGAGAUGCAGGGAAAUAUGACUGUGACACUGGAGAUGACCACACCUCUGCAGUUCUCAAUGUCAAAGAAGCUCCAGUACUUAUUAAAGAACACCUAAAAGAUCAGGAAGCUCAUGAGUUUGGAAGUGCCACUCUUACUUGUCAGCUUUCCAAACCGGCUGUGGAAGUCGCUUGGAAAAAGGACUCCACUUUACUCCAUCCCAGCGAUAAAUAUGAGAUAAAGCAGGAAGGAAAAAUAGCGACACUCAUCAUUCAUGAUACGGAACCUGGAGAUGCAGGGAAAUAUGACUGUGACACUGGAGAUGACCACACCUCUGCAGUUCUCAUUGUCAAAGAGGCACCAGUUCUGAUCCGAGAGGCGCUGCGUGACCAAGAGGCUUUGGAAUUCGAGACCCUCACUCUCAUCUGUCGACUUUCCAAGCCAAAUGCUCCCUUGGCUUGGCAAAUGGGAUCCAGCAUCCUGCGGUCUGGCGAGAAGUACAGUUUGGUCCAGGAGGGUGACGUUGCCAAGCUCACAAUAUACAACCUGCAGAUGAGCGACGCGGGCGAUUAUGAAUGCGACACUGGGGAUGACAGAACCAUAGCUACGAUUACCGUGAAAGAAGCCCCAGUGCUGAUUCGCGAUGGUUUAAUGGACCAGGAGGUCAACGAAUGUGAGAGCGCCAUCCUCACGUGCCAGCUUUCUAAAACGCCAAAGGAAUUAGUGUGGGAGAAGGACUGCACUGUCCUGCGACCCAGCGAUAAGUAUGAGAUGGGGCAUGAAGGAAACGUGGCAAUGCUUAUUGUCCACGACGUACAGAUGGACGACGCGGGAGAGUACCGGUGUGACACGGGCGACGAGAACACAUUCGCGUCCCUCACUGUCAAAGAAGCACCGGUGCUCAUCAGUGAACCUCCGAGGGAUGAAGAAGCCGAGGAGUUUGGCAGCGCUGUGCUCAGCUGUCGGCUUUCCAAACCGGCUCGCGAGGUCGCCUGGCGUAAGGGAUCUGUGGCGCUGCAGCCCGGAGAGAAGUACGAGAUGGAGUACGCGGGGGCUGUUGCGAAGCUCAUUGUUCACGACCUGCAAGUUGAAGAUGCUGGGAACUAUGAAUGUGACACGGGGGAUGACUGUGCAAGUGCUACAUUGAAUGUGAAAGAGAAGCCCGCGGUGUUCACCAAGGGUCUGGAGGACGUGAGCGUGGAGGAGAGGGGCGAUGCCGUGCUGCUGUGUGAGCUGUCCAAAGAGGGCGCCCCCGUCAGCUGGCUGAAGGACGGCCGGGCCCUGGGCCCCGACGGGAGGCACGAGAUGAGCCAGGAGGGACGCACGGCCCGGUUCGUCCUGCACGGCCUGAGCCUGCAGGACAGCGGCCGCUACUCGUGCGGCACCGGCCACGACGUCACCGCCGCCACGCUCACCGUCACCGAACCGGACAUCUCGAUCGUGAGAGGUCUCGAGGACUGCGAGGUGCAGGAGACGCAGACGGCGACGUUCACUGUGGAGAUCUCGCACCCCGACGUGCUGCGCGUCGAGUGGUGGCUUGGCGAGUCGCCUGUCCGGAACAACGAGCUCAACGAGCUGUUCGUCGAUGGCAGAGAGCACACUCUCAUUUUAAACAACCUCACUCUCCAGGAUAGUGGCACCAUCAGGUUCCAGGCUGGAAAUGCCAUCUCAACGGCAACGCUGACAGUGACGAAGCUGCCGGUGCGGGUGGUGCGGCCGCUGCAGGACGUGGAGGUGGAGGAGGAGCAGGCCGUGAUCCUGGAGUGCGAGCUCUCGGAGGAGGCCGCCGACGUCGCGUGGAGGAAGGACGGCCACGAGCUGGAGGCCGGGGGCUGCGUGGCCGCGGGGCGCGACGGGAACCUCGUGACACUCGUCGUCCGGGCAGCCCGGCCGCAGGACAGCGGCGUGUACAGCUGUGAGGCCGGCGCGGCGAGCUCCUCCGCCACGGUGCACGUCAGAGAUCUGCCGGUGCAGGUGCUGGAGCCGCUGAGUGACGUGACAGCGACGGAAGGCGGCGAGGCGUCUCUCCGCUGCUCCCUGUCCAAACCGGGUACCGAGGUCGCGUGGACGAAGGACUCGCGGCCCGUGCGGCCUGGCGAAAAGUACGACGUGGGCUCUGAGGGUCUUUCCGUGUGGCUCGCCGUCAGAGCGCUGCGUCUCGACGACGCGGGGUCGUACGUGUGCCACGUGGGGGACCUGCAGACCACAGCAAUCCUCACCGUGCAAGAGAAGCCCGCGGUGUUCACCAAGGGUCUGGAGGACGUGAGCGUGGAGGAGAGGGGCGAUGCCGUGCUGCUGUGUGAGCUGUCAAAAGAGGGCGCCCCCGUCAGCUGGCUGAAGGACGGCCGGGCCCUGGGCCCCGACGGGAGGCACGAGAUGAGCCAGGAGGGACGCACGGCCCGGCUCGUCCUGCACGGCCUGAGCCUGCAGGACAGCGGCCGCUACUCGUGCGGCACCGGCCACGACGUCACCGCCGCCACGCUCACCGUCACCGAACCGGACAUCUCGAUCGUGAGGGGCCUCGAAGACUGCGAGGUGCAGGAGACGCAGACGGCGACGUUCACUGUGGAGAUCUCGCACCCCGACGUGCUGCACGUCGAGUGGUGGCUCGGCGAGUCGCCUCUCCGGAACAACGAGCUCAAUGAGAUCUCCGUGAGCGGGAGGGAGCACACCCUGACCCUGCGCAACCUCACGCUGCAGGACGGAGGCGCGGUCAGAUUCCAGGCCCGGGCCGCCACCUCCUGUGCCACGCUCAGAGUCAACAAGCUGCCGGUGCGGGUGGUGCAGCCGCUGCAGGACGUGGAGGUGGAGGAGGAGCAGGCCGUGAUCCUGGAGUGCGAGCUCUCGGAGGAGGCCGCCGACGUCGCGUGGAGGAAGGACGGCCGCGAGCUGGAGGCCGGGGGCCGCGUGGCCGCGGGGCGCGACGGGAACCUCGUGACACUCAUCGUCCGGGCAGCCCGGCCGCAGGACAGCGGCGUGUACAGCUGUGAGGCCGGCGCGGCGAGCUCCUCCGCCACGGUGCACGUCAGAGAGCUGCCGCUGCAAAUUCUGGAGCCGUUGAUAGACCAGGAGGCCACGGAGGGUGAAUCGGCUCGGCUCAGCUGCCGGCUGUCCAAACCGCACGCGAGCGUCGCCUGGAGCAGGGGCUCCCAGCCCCUCCGCGACGGUGACAAGUUCGAGCCCCGCGCGGACGGUCACACGGCCGUCCUCGUCAUCAGAGACGUGGGGCCCGACGACGCGGGGACAUACACGUGCCGGGCCGGGGAGCAGGAGAGCGCCGCGCGGCUCUUCGUCCUGGAGAAGCCCGCGGUGUUCACCAAGGGUCUGGAGGACGUGAGCGUGGAGGAGAGGGGCGAUGCCGUGCUGCUGUGUGAGCUGUCCAAAGAGGGCGCCCCCGUCAGCUGGCUGAAGGACGGCCGGGCCCUGGGCCCCGACGGGAGGCACGAGAUGAGCCAGGAGGGACGCACGGCCCGGUUCGUCCUGCACGGCCUGAGCCUGCAGGACAGCGGCCGCUACUCGUGCGGCACCGGCCACGACGUCACCGCCGCCACGCUCACCGUCACCGAGCUGCCACUGAGGGUCGUGACUCCACUCGAGGAUGUGGAGGUGAUGUCAGGCGAGGCGGCGACGUUCUCCUGCGAGCUGUCGCGCGGCGCCGUGACGGACGCUCGCUGGUGGCUCGGGGACACGAGGCUGCUGGACAACGAGCUGAACGCGCUGGGCGUGCGGGACGGGCGCACGCACACGCUCACGCUGCGCCGGCUCGCGCCGGACGACAGCGGCCGUGUCGCCUUCUGUGCCGGCGACAUCUCGUCCAGCGCGACGCUCACCGUGACGCGGCGCCCCGUGACGGUAACCUCGCCCCUGGCGGAGACGGCCGUGGAGGAGGGCGAGCCGCUGCAUCUGUCGUGCGCGCUGUCGGAGCCGGCUCCCGUCACGUGGAGCAAGGAUGGCGGAGAGCUCGGGGCGAGCGAUCGGAUCCGCCUGUCUCUCGAGGGCAGCUCGGCCGUCCUGGAGAUCCAGCGGGCGGCGCUGGGGGACUCGGGCGUGUACACCUGCGCCACGCUCGACGACAGCUCGUCCGCACGGCUGACCGUCUCAGAGAAGGUGGCUGUGUUCAUUGCGCCGCUGGAGGACGUGUGGGUGGAGGAGCGCUCGCGCGCCGUGCUGUCCUGCGAGCUGUCGCGUCCCGACGUCGACGUCGUCUGGCUCCGGGGCGACGUGGAGCUGGAGGCGUCGCCGCGGGCCUCGGCGAGCCGCGACGGCGCCCGCGCCGCCCUCGCAAUCGCCGCCGUGCGGACGGACGACGCCGGGGAGUACUCGUGCCGCACGCGGCACGACCGCACGGCCGCCGUGCUCGUCGUCACGGGUACGCCGGCCGACUGGGGGGCCGCGUGGCGACCUCCCUCACGGCUCGAUUCGUCGACAAGGACCGACUUAUUGAUUCGUCGAUAAAAGUCGAUUUUUACG